AUGUCCAUCACCGUUGCAGGAAGUUCGUCGGGGCGUCACCUAAAUCGGAAGAAGCAUGAGCACGAGUGGGAGUACCACUCUCCGAACGGAGACGGAACGGAGCUUUUUGAGGAGGAGACAUACGCGGCUGGGAUAGAAGAGCCAGAAGGGAAGCGGGUGCCUACUCCGGAUGACUCGCAGGAAGGAAAGGACCCGUACGAUUUCUCUGUCAACAGUCCAGAGAGUCGCAUCGCCCGCAUGGACCGCGAGCGGGCGGCGCGGGUGCACCGCCGUCGCACGGAGCUGAACUUCUUUCAAAGGUGGUUCAGUUACGUCCUUCCCUAUGGCGGUGUUGUGGCCUCCGGCAUCAACCUCGCCAGCUCUUGCAUCGGUGCGGGUAUCAUCGCGCUCCCUUCUGCGUUCAACGCGUCAGGUGUACUCAUGGCCCUGCUCUACAUGCUCAUCAUCGCCUUCCUCACGGUGUACUCGUACAUUCUACUGGCCAUUGUCGCGAAGAAAACGGGUCUGCGCAACUACGAGCAAAUUGUGCGCGCGUUGAUGGGCCCCGGUGCCGACUACUUCCUCGCCUUCUGCCUCUGGUUUCUCAGCUUUGGUGCGGAAGUAGCGUACGCAAUUUCGCUGAAAGAUGUCCUCACGGCCUUCCUGGAGGCAUCCGAGUCCACACCAGAAUACCUCAAGACGCUCUCCGGUGUGCGUGUCUUGACUUUUGUGCUGUGGCUCGUGGGCAUGCUGCCGCUCUGCCUGCCAAAGGAGAUCAACUCGCUGCGCUACUUCUCCUGCAUCGCGAUUGUGUUCAUCGUGUACUUUGCCGUCGCCAUGGUCAUUCACAGUGGCAUGAAUGGACUGCAGGAACGCCCCCGUCCUGCUGUGAAGCUCUUCAACACGGGCAACGCCGCCAUCGGCGGCCUGUCCACCUUCCUCUUCGCCUUCAUCUCACAGCUCAACUCCAUGGAGGUGGCAGGGGAGAUGCACAAGUUUUCCGUGAGCCGCAUGACGGCUGCGUCCACCAUUGGUGUGUCCAUUUGUUUUGUGCUGUACUUCUUCGCUGGGCUCUUUGGCUACCUCGACUUCGGCCCAAGGGUAGUCGGCUCCGCGCUGAAGCAGUACAACCCCAUCGAGGAUAAGAUGAUGGGCGUCGGCUACGGUGGCCUCAUGUUGAAGCUGUGCGUCGGAUACGGCCUGCACAUGAUCCCGGUGCGCGAUGCCAUCUACCACGUAUGCCAGACAAACGUGCAUGACAUCGCGUGGUGGAAGAACGCGUGUGUGUGCGGCUCGAUGGCCGUCCUGUCGCUCAUCUGCGGUCUCUUCGUGCCUCGCAUCAACGUUGUCUUUGGCCUUGUCGGCGGCUUCGCGGGCGGCUUCAUCGGCUACAUUUACCCAGCGCUCAUGGUCAUGUACUCGGGGAACUGGGCUUUCUCGAGUGUGGGCCUCUUCCACUAUGUCUGUACCCACCUGCUACUUAUCGUCGGCGUCAUUGCCGUGGUGUGGGGUACGGGUGCCGCUAUUUUCGACGAAGUCAUGGCGAGUCGCGGCUGA